CUCUGACAGGGACCUGUGGCAUUUGGGUGUGUGCGCUCGGUAGCUGUAGCAGUUAGCGGUGUCUGAUCCCGUUGCCUGGCCAGCAUCCCAGGACAUAAGUAGAGAAAGCCGGAGCAAAGGGGAGGGGAAGAAAAAGCCAAGUAGACUCAAAGCAAAAGAGAAAGAAAGAGAAGGAUCAGGUAAAGAAGAAGAGAAGGGUCUGGACUCGGGCAACUGGGGCAGCGCGAACCGUUCUGUUUUUAGCGUUUGUGCUUGCGUGACUUCUUGCACUUGCUGAGGCGUUGACAGCCAUGGCGGAUUCGAGCGCGCAGCUGGACCGGGUGCCCCUCACGGAGGCGUCGGACGACGACGACGAGGUCGCGCUGGCGGCCCCGGGGCCGGCGGGCCGGCGCGGGGAAGAGGAGGACGAGGACGAGGCGGCGGACGGGCCGAAGAGCGAGGCCCAGAUGAACGGGGUGAUGGUGCUGGCCCUGCUGGACAAGAUCAUCGGCGUGGUGGACCAGAUCCAGCAGACCCAGAACGGGCUGGAGGCGCGGCAGGACGACAUGGAGCGUUCGGUGAGCGGCAUCCACAGCGACCUGACCAAGCUGACCAAGAACUACGGCUCCACCGCCAGCUCCGUCAACAAGAUGCUGGACAAGGUCCGCAAGGUCAGCGUCAACAUCAAGACCGUGCGCUCGGACCUGGAGAAGCAGGCGGGCCAGAUCAAACAGCUGGAGAACAACGAGCACGAGCUCCUGAAGAGACGCAACUUCAAAGUCUUGAUCUACCCGGAAGCAGGGAAACUAGCGAAAGCGGACGUUCCAGCGGUGGAGGGGGAGGCCGUGCUGACGGAGGGCGCUGCGGAGCAGGUGGGGGACGAGGCGCGCAUGGUUCCUUCCUCCGACGAGGAGGUGGAGAUCGAGGAGAUCAUCGAGGAGUCACGGGCGGAGCGGAUCAAGCGCACCGGCCGGCAGCAGAUAGACAACAUCAAGAAGGCCUUCUCCAAGGAGAAGAUGGAGAGGACCCGGCAGAAGACGAGGGAGAACCUGGCAAAAACCAGGCAGAGAACACGAGAGAACAUGGCGAAGACCCGGCUGAAGACCAAGGAGAACAUGGAGAAGACCCGGCAGAACCUGGGGAAGACCAUGGAGCAGCUCGGCAACCGCAUAACUAUCAAGCCCGAAAGGAAGGAGAAGCCGGAGUCCACAUCCAAAAAGAAGGCCAAGAAGGCCAAGAAACCGUCCGACCCCAAUGUCUACAAGGUGCCGCCCUUCACCUUCCACGUGAAGAAGUAUCCGGAGGAGGUGGCGGAGGAGGCGGAGCUUGAAACUGAGGAGGGGGAAGAGGAGGAGGUGGAGGUGGUGCAGGAGACGGUCGAUUUGAUGCCCGUGGAGGAGGCUCUGGAGGAGGCUCUGGUGGAGGUGACGGAGGAACUCACCGGACCGGAGAAGACCCUGCUGAAGGUGGCCGAGGACUCGGAGCUGGUGCUGGUGGAACUCAACCACAAGAAGGACGGGAAAUAACGAGGGGCACAGGAGCAGAACGAGUGCUAGAGGAGGAGGAGGAUGAAGGAGGCGAACAAGCAAAUGAUGGAAGGAUAGAAGAGGAGAAGCAAGAAAGCUGGAAGAAGAAGGAGGGAACGUAAAAGCAGAAGAUAAGCAACCUGCGCUGGUGUGGAAAAAAGGACAUGUGUUGGCUUGAGUGAGCGACAGUUAUCAUCCAUAUCUUUAGAGAGUAUUUUUUCGUGUUUUGUCCCCUCUGAUUAUUAGCAUUGUAACCGUUGAAAUUGUUUUACAUCCUUCACUCAGUCCCAGAGCUGAGAGGGUAAAACAUAUAUCUUCUUUAUUGUCCGUUUUGUAUGGUUUUCUUUUGUUUUUAAGUUUACUUUAUGACUGACUGAUGCUUAUGGUGUUCACUUAGGGUUUUUCAAGGCAGUAUUAAAUGUAUUUUCUAGUCUGAAUGUAAGGAAUUCAGCAGGCAGUCAGAGCAACAGUUACUGAUACAUAUUCUAUGAUGCUGAGGUCACACACAAGUUUAAGGUCAUGUGAUAUGUUUGUCGAGUAAUGCCUGGAUUAAUAAACAUGGGAAAAUUAACAGAAGGUUUGAAUUGAGAAUGAAGAGGGUUUUCAACAUACUACGCAACACAUACUACAUUUUAUUGACAUAUGAUUUUACAAGCUUAUAUAAAUUAAGACAAUCCAUAAAACAAAGGCAAUAUGUUUGGUUGCUGUUCAAACAAGGAAAACACACAGAAAAAUACCACCCAAAAAUAUUAGGACAACCAUAAGUAAUUUAAAAAUGAAUGUAGCCUAAUUUCAAAUCUAUGACCUUCCAGUAUUGCCAGUAAUCAGCAGACCUGGGUCAAAUAUGUAAUUGUUUUGGAUUCAAAUACUUUUCUUUGUUGAGCUUUGUUGGAUUAUUGAAAUACUCUCAAAAAGUGCAAACCCCUCCUUCUGGUCCUCUUAGUUGGUGAGCACAGAGAGGAAUUUUAAUCCAAAACAUCCAGUGCUUUCAUGUAGCUCAUUCAGAUAUUCAAAUAGACAAGAACAAAACAAGACAAGAACAGACUCCAAGCGGGAACAGGGCCAGAAUGAAGAAUCAAUGACAUCAUGAAGGAAUCCAGACAGGAUACUUUCCAAAGUGUGAUGCAAUCUGUAGAAUUUGUCAGAAUGGAUCUAGUCUGAUCUGUAAACCUCAGGUACGUGAUGCUAGAUAUGAUGUGAUGAAAAUGUGAAGAUCUGAAAGAAAGAAAGAAGUGUAUACAUUUGUUGAGAGCUUUGCGAAAGUACUGCACAUGUCUCCUUGUGAAUGAUAAACUGAAUGAUUUGUAAUAAGUGGGUUUUGGUUAUCAGUGUAUGCCUGUUGUGAUUUUCCCCACAUCACAGUUGUUGAGGACAUUUAUGCUCAUUUUCACAUUUUUCUCUGUAAAUAUGUCUGCAUGCUGAGAGUUUCAUUAGAACUUAUGUAAAUAUGUUUCUAGACACACAUUCAAUAUGAACACCUGCGGUUCGGCAAGAGCUGACAUGAAGCUGAUGAUUGCAUAGCUGUACAACUUAAAAUGAUCACCGGUUUUAACUGGAUGUUUUCCACCCACUGCAGAUGUAAAGACCUGCACAGUACAUUUUAGAACUUCAUUUUAGAAAGUUUUGCAUGAAACUUCCUGAAAUGUUAUAACUACUGCAAUUUCCUUUUUUUUUGUAUCUGGUCUAUUGCAAGCGCUUCAUAGGUAAAGAUUGUCCUGCCUGGACCUGAUAGGAAUUCUCUGGACUGGAUUUGAACCUGUCCAAUCAAUGGUGCUUUCUGAGGAGUUCUCUCAGGCCUUUUCAUUAGAUGAUGAGGUCGAGAGGUCGAUCGAGGUAUACGUACAGGGCGAGAGGCUGAAUUUGAUAGGGGCACGAUAUUCCCACAGGGAAACCCGCAGACGGAUGAAGCACACGGGACCUCCCUCCCAUGAACCUUGCAGGGUCUUUCUGUGGGAAUUGUGCAGGAAUUGCGCGGGAAUUGUGCUGGAAUUCUGUGGGAAUUCUGCGGGACAGUCGACAGAUUGAAAUCAGACCUGUGUCACAGACGUAAUUGUUUCGGCUUCAAACAAUCUUGGAUUCAUACACUUUUCUACACUGGUCUUGUCUGGUUUAUUGAAACCUAUAAAAUAAGUGCAAACCCCGCCUUCUUGUCCACUUGGUUGGCUUAAUUGCACCAGGCAAAACUAAACGAGCACAGACAAGUAUUUGAAUCCAAAACAAUGACGUAUUUGACCCAGGUCUGGCCAAAAUCUUAUUAAGGAGAGUGCUUUCUUUCAGAUAAAAUGGAGGGGGGUUGUGGGGGGAUAGUCACUGGAAAUGCAGGGGAGCUCCAGAGGGGAUCUGCGAGUGCGGCACUGUGUCGAUGCCCCUGAAAAGAAAGAGGUCUUUUCAAGAAGUCAUGAAGUCGGCAGCACAAUUAUAAUCAGUCAAAUGAACACUUCAGGUUUUUCUUUUUAGUUUUAUGUUCUACAUUAAGUGUGCAUGCAAAUGACUGACAAGUCAUUCAGUUGAAAAACACAGGCAGAAUACAUAAAAAUAAAAAAACAGGCAGUCACAUUUUGACAGCUAUUUAUUCUGUCGUCCCCUUUUCUAACUUGCUUCAACUUCAAAGGACAAUUUUCUUUCUACCUGGAACUCAAAUCUGGUUAGAAAUUGUAAUACCAAAUUGGCCGAUGUUUGCCUGAAAUCUUUUUUUUGACUGUGUGGAUUGUUUAGAUUACACUACCGUUCUGAGACCCAUCAUAAAAAAGUACUUGCAUUUUCUGGAUGUAAUACAUUUUUUAAUGUUCUUUUAGUGUAUGUUUCAUCACAGUAGAAUAUAUGUUUUUGAGAAUAAGAUCACCAGAGACUAAUGUCCCCUAUGGGGGACAGAAGUGAAUUGGUUAAGGUCAAUGUUACUGAGGAUGACUCUUCUUUAGUUCUGUGGCUGUGUAGUAUAGUUAUAGACAGCUAUAAUGUACCCCUUAAAACCUUGAAGCUUGUUUUAAGGGUUUAGAGGUGGGUUCCUGCAAAGGGCGGAAGUUAAGAUCCUCUGUCAAUUCUUGGUGGAGUGCUCCUUGCAAAACAGGCUUGAUUAUAUUUACAAUGUUUAUGUGUUAUUCUGAACAACCAAUACUGGAGACGCUUAGCAGCACAAAUGCAUUUUUUCUUUCUGAUCAUGGAGUUUUAGAAGUGUAACUAUGCUUAAAUUGCCACGCUUAUAUCGACCACAUUGUUUCAGAUUCUGUCUCUCCGUUUUUUUCACAUAUCUGCAAGUAUUUCAAUAAAAGAAACCUGAUCCA